UUUACUAGGGUGGCACUGUAUGUUCAUAGUUGAUUGUACAGGAAACGUGAGACGGCAAAAUCAGGGAAAUGUACCAUAAAUCAGCACAUCCUGGAAUAAUAUCAGGCUUUAGAGCAGUUUGAUAGCUGUAAACGUAAUAUGGAAUACUUAUCAAACGAUGAAAAGUAACUUUGAGAAUCUUUUAUUAAACGUUAAGUAGUUUGGUUUUUUUUCAUGGAUGUAGUAGUAAGUAUGUGAGAGGAGGAGUCGUAUAGUCUUCAGCCACACCUAUUUUGCUAUAAAAAGUUAACUUUCUAACAAACGUUUACUUCAGUUAGGUCAGCCGGUUUAACAGAUCUUGUUUAAGUGAACACUCUGAACACAAUAAUGGCUCCAUCUCCAAAAUGCCAAGGAAAAGCAUGCCCUGCUCCCGGACCAGUGCCGAAAGGUCUUAUUCGGCUCUACAGCAUGAGAUUUUGUCCAUUUGCUCAGAGAGCAAGGCUGGUGCUCACUGCCAAGGGAAUUAAACAUGAAAUUAUCAACAUCCAUUUGAAGGAUAAACCUGAUUGGUUUCUGGCAAAGAAUCCUGCAGGGACAGUGCCAGUAUUGGAAACCUCAAGUGGACAGGUGAUAUAUGAGUCACCAAUCACCUGCGAGUACCUGGAAGAUGCCUACCCUGAGAAAAAACUGUGCCCAUCUGACCCUUUCGAGAGGGCCCAACAGAGAAUGCUGCUGGAGCAUUAUUCAAAGGUGAUUCCAUGCUUCUACAGUAUCUGUAUGGGAAAGAAUAAAGGACAAGACGUUUCAGCAGCUGAGGCUGAAUUUACAGAAAAAGUCUCCAAAUUAAAUGAGACUUUGGCGAAAAACAAGACCAAAUAUUUUGGAGGCGAUUCCAUCACCAUGAUUGACUACUUGAUCUGGCCAUGGUUUGAGAGGGCAGAGAUAAUGGGUGUAAAGCAUUGUUUGGCCAACACUCCUGAGUUGAGGAAGUGGAUUGAACGUAUGUAUGAGGAUCCAGCGGUCAAAGCAACCAUGUUCAGCUCAGAGGAUCACAAAGUGUUCUUCGAUAGCUUCAUGGCUGGAAACCCUAAUUAUGAUCACGGUUUAUAGAGUAAAACAAGAGGAUAUCCGUCCAUCUGCGUGUGUGGAUUUUAUUAUCAUUUUCAUAAUCUAAGUAUUUUUAUAUUGAAUGUUACAGCAAAUUUAGCUUUUAAGCCUUAGAUGUUAGACUAGAUCACAGAUGACCAUGUAAAAAAGGAUAUAAUGGGUAUAUUAACAUGUUUGUCAUUUA